AUGAGCUCGUUCGCGCUCCUGCACGACGGCAGAGUGUUCGAGUGGGGACAAACUUCCGAGGAUGAUGAGCCGCGCACGGCUCCGCGACAGCUCGACGCUAAAGACAAACACGUCGUGGAAAUAGCGGCUGGGGCGUUUCACUUGCUCAUGCGCACGCGAAAUGGCGAGGUGAUGAGUUACGGUAACGGUUCGUACGGUCAGCUCGGUUUGGGCGCGACGGGAGCCGCGGACGUCUGCCGCGUCAUCGAAACGUUUGGGCGCUUAGGCGUGGUCAAAAUCGCCGCUGGUGGGUGGCACUCUGCGGCCGUCACCGCGGGUGGCGUGCUCUACACCUGGGGCCGAGGUGAAUACGGUCGACUCGGUCACGGCGACGACGUCAAGGACAAAGUCGUUCCCAAACUCGUCGAACUCGACGAAUCUGUCUUCAUCGCCGACAUCGCCCUCGGCGGUUCGCACUCGUGCGCCAUUACCGCCGAAGGAAAUGUCUUAUCUUGGGGUCGAACCACGCUCGGACGACUCGGACGCGUCAUCCGGGACCCGUCGUCGUCGACGUGCGGCGUCCCGUCCCGAGUCGCCUUCCCCCCGCUCCCGAACGGAAAGCGCUGGAAAGCGCUCAAAAUCUCCUGCGGCGGUCGUCACACCUUAGCCGUGUGCACCGUUUCCACCGACGACGCCGAUGUACCGACCGCCUAA